AUGACUGUGAAAUGGUGGAUCAGUGAGGAUGCAUCUAUCCCUCCAUUGAGGAGAAUUCGGAGAACAAUCCAUGUUAUCUACUACCCUAACAAAUAUGCUAAAGCGCCCCAGUGCAAGUUCAACACAGAGAGAAGCAAAGAUCUGCAACUAACAUUGGACCAGAUUUCCGUUCCUGGCGGUUGGUUCCAUGAUAGAGCAUGUGAUUGCCAAAUUAGGAGGCAUACGAUAUAUCAUGGAUUCCUAUCAUACGUUUCAGAUUUCGGCAUACCCACUAACAUUCAAAAUGGGUCUUCUCCAAGCCAGACUAACACAUCCUAG